UCUUUAUCUCUUCAUUCUUGAGUGAUCAGAGAGAUUGAGUGAUAGCUUAGUGUAUUUGCAGAGAGAUAAUUAAUCCCAUGGCAAAUUGCAGUCACUCUCAAAUUCUGAGCUUCUAACCUCUCCCUGUCACUGACAUCUCCAUAUCAGCCCCCACCUGAUUCUCUUUCUCUCUCACAUUCACACAGUAGCAGAAAAAUAGCAAAUUAAAAAAGUGAGAAAAAGCAAAAAGCUCAAGUUGAGAACCCACAAAAAAACACACACAGCCCCAUACAAAAGUCGUGAAAAAAAAAACUAUGAAGAGAAAUCUAAAUAGCAUGUAAAUUGUACAAAGAAAAAGAUUAGGGAAAAAGGAAAAGUUAUGAAACAAAGAAACACACAUAUGCAGACACUUUAAGGUACAGAGGCACAACUAGCGCGCUCUUUUCAUUCAGUCCUCUCACCCCUCUCCUCAUAUUUGUAUCCCUCCACAAUACUCUAUAUUCACUACACAUUUAAGAGGGAAAGGACUGGAGAAGAAAAAAGCAGUGUAAAAAUAUUCAAGUGGGUUCAAAAUUGAAAGAUGGCCACUUUGUAAAAAGCAGAGAGCGCGAGCUAAUCUCUCUGUUUGUGUGUGUGUGUGUGUGUGUGAGAGAGAGUCUAUGUACGGGUUCUUUCUGAAACAACUGUAAGACACUCCUGUUGUUGUUUCUUUCCAUAAGUUUUCUUGAUCAUGACCUUGUAUUUCUUGAAUGUGAAUCACUAGUAGUUGUGUGUUGUUUGGCUUUAUUAUUUCUUUCUUAGCACUGGAUAAGGUGUUUCAUACAUAAUUUUCACUGGAAAAUCAUGUCCCUGAUAUCAAGCAACACCCUUCUCCUCCUUUCCUUGCUAUCGGUUUUCUUCAGUCUUUCCUUUGCGUAUGAGGGCCGAAAUCCUGAAGUUGAAGCUUUGAUUGCUAUAAGGGAUGCUUUAAAUGAUCCUCAUGGAGUUCUUGGCAAUUGGGAUGAAAAUUCGGUGGAUCCCUGUAGUUGGUCUAUGAUCACUUGCAACUCUGAUAAUGUCGUCACUGCCAUAGGAGCUCCUAGCCAAGGUUUAUCAGGUUCUUUAUCUUGGAGGAUAGCAAACCUUACGAACCUGAAACAAGUAUUGUUGCAAAAUAACAAUAUUUCUGGGCUUAUUCCCAAUGAGCUCGGAAAUCUUCCAAAACUUCAUACACUAGAUCUCUCCAAUAACAAGUUUUUUGGUCAUAUACCUGAGUCUUUUGGUUUCUUGAAUGGUCUUCAAUAUCUGAGGUUGAACAAUAAUAGUUUCAGUGGGGCUAUUCCUCUGUCUUUAACCAGGCUACCUCAACUUACUUUCUUGGACUUGUCCUACAACAAUCUCAGUGGACCUCUUCCCAGCUUUCCUACCAAAACAUUUAUUGUUUUGGGUAAUCCACUAAUUUGUGGAAGCCACUCCAAUGAAAAUUGUUCUGCAUUAAUCCUGGCCAACCCUCUUUCCUUCUCCAUAAAUUCGUCUUCAGGAAAAAACAAAUCCAAGAAACUAGCAAUUGCACUCGGAGUCAGCCUUAGUGUUGUCUCCAUUUUACUCUUAGCAUUAGGAUAUCUGGUCUGGAGACGAAACAACAAGAUAAAGCAGUCAAUUCUAUACAUUACUGAUAUGCAAGAAGAGGACCUAGUAAAGUUGGGCAACCUUAGAGGCUUCACAUUCAGGGAGCUACAAAAUGCAACGGAUAAUUUCAGCUCUAAGAAUAUACUUGGUUCCGGGGGGUUUGGAAAUGUUUACUGGGGGAAGUUGGGGGACGGCACGUUGGUGGCAGUGAAGCGACUGAAGGAUGUGACGGGAACUGCUGGGGAAUCACAAUUUAGAACUGAACUAGAACUGAUCAGCCUAGCAGUUCACCGGAAUUUGCUCCGCAUUGUUGGAUAUUGUGCCACACCGAACGAGAGACUUCUUGUGUAUCCUUACAUGUCUAACGGCAGUGUGGCAUCGAGGCUUAGAGGUAAACCAUCUCUCGACUGGAACACGAGGAAGAGAAUUGCGAUUGGAGCUGCAAGGGGUUUACUAUAUCUGCAUGAGCAGUGUGAUCCUAAGAUAAUUCAUCGAGACGUUAAAGCAGCAAAUGUCCUCUUGGAUGACUACUGUGAGGCUGUUGUUGGUGACUUUGGCCUUGCGAAGCUCCUUGAUCAUGCUGAAUCCCACGUCACAACUGCUGUUCGUGGUACUGUUGGACAUAUUGCGCCAGAAUAUCUCUCGACUGGCCAAUCAUCUGAGAAAACUGAUGUCUUUGGAUUUGGCAUUCUUUUGUUAGAGCUUAUAACUGGAAUGAGAGCUCUGGAGUUUGGGAAGUCAGUAAACCAGAAAGGAGCGUUACUGGAAUGGGUUAAGAAGAUACAUCAAGAGAAGAAAAUCGAAUUGUUGGUGGAUAGAGAGUUGGGGAUCAAUUAUGACAGGAUUGAGGUGGGUGAGAUGCUGCAGGUGGCUCUACUUUGUACUCAAUACCUACCAGCCCAUCGUCCCAAAAUGUCCGAGGUUGUCCGAAUGCUGGAAGGCGAUGGUCUUGCAGAAAAAUGGGCAGCCUCCCAUAACUAUAUCAAUACCACUACCAGUUUUUCCCGGGAAAAUAGCAAGUCACGCCCUACCAUGGCCUUUGGACACGAUGACAAUGAUCACGACCAUUCAAGCAUGUUUGGGAUAACAAUGUCGAUGGAUGAUGAAUAUGAUGCGCAUUGCAUGGAGCUUUCUGGUCCAAGAUAAUCGAAAACUGGAAAACCCAAAGAGAAGAAUGAAAUUAAAGAAGGUAAACAAUAUAUAUAUAUUUUUUUUUAAUUCAUUACGACGAAUGACAUUAGGUUUGUUAUUGGAUGGAGCCAAAGUAGGCCUAGUCCUCUUUCAAGUUGAGAUGUUUUAGAAUUUUUACUUUGAUAAUGUAAAUAUUAUUUGAUCAGGUAAAAUAGUUAUGUAAUUUCUAGCUUGAUGUUAUUGUAAUUUAUCCUCGAAUGGCAAACUCUUGACAUUUCUUUGUGUGGAGAUGGAGAUUAGAAAACAUGAUUCAGUGGAUGCUCUGCUCAGAUUGUGAUAAAGUGAAGGGAAAGCAACAGAGAUUUUGACUGAAGAUUGGGAAAACAUUGUGUGAGCUGUCUGUGAUUUCUUGUUGGCCUUUUGGGGAGUAUGUUAGGAGUCUCUUUCAAAUGAUACUUUUUUUUGGGUACGAAGAGAGUUUUUACCAGUUCAAUGUUGGCUUUGAAAAAGUUAAGUUUGAAUAAUUUUCUAAAUUGGUUAGAGUUCAGAUCUCAA